AUGUUUGAAACACAAAGGAUGAAGGCUCGAUUGUCCUCAUCAUCCUCAUCAUUAACGCAAAUAUUCAAAUUCGGAGGUAAACAAAAAGUAAUAAUACCACGAGGCUCAAGAGGAUUCAUGAAUUUAUUUUUCUGUAGUUUGGAAGGAUUGCUACUAUUUGUAUUACUUGUGAUGAAUGAAGUGGUGGUGUUGGUGGUAAUUGGAGACGAACAGAAUGAUCCUUCAUCAUCAUCCACCGUAUCACCAUCAUCAUCCUUUUAUCCGAGAAUGAAAUAUUCAAACAUUCCGAAUGUUCAUCAAGAAAUUGAUAAUGAAUGGCUGUAUGAAAUGAUAAGAGUGGUCAUGUAUGGCAUUACGUUCGCCCUAACAUAUUGGAAAUUUAUCGUAAUUGGAAUGACAGUCUUGAUGAUUGCAAGUUGGGCUGUAAAAUUAAUUACAAAAGAACAAAGACGUCCUGUGGGAAGGUGUUGGAAUUGUGGAGAGUCAUUGAGGCUCACGAGAAGACAAAUUGACUUGGGGUGGAAAUGUCCCAAUACAGGGUGUAAUGCCUUCAACACAGUCAUUCAUGCAUCAUUGACAGGACGAACGCUGAAGAGUAUAUUUAUGAGGUUUUCAAUUUAUUCCUUCAUAUUGUUGCAAUCAGCACAUUUGUUAUUUCUACUAGUUGGAAGCGAGACAGCCAAAUUAUUAAUUGGCACUUCUUUUGAAAAAUCAGAAAACAAACUUUAUGUUGUGGAAUUUAUCAUGCUAAUACUUUCAGUGGUUGGAUGCAUUCUUAAUGUGCAUAGUAUAGGUUUUAGUUUUUUAUUAGCAUCCAUUAGUUUUUUGUCAUGCAAAUGUAGACUCGCUUUAAAAGGCGUCUUAUUGUUCUCAAGUAUUUCCAUUACCGUCCUUAAAACAAUUAAGCUUAACGAAGUACAAAUGGAUAUGGGAGACGAAUAUGACUAUGAACGAUAUUUAGAAGAAAGAAAACUCAUCAACAGAUAUCAUUCUCAACAUGUCAUUCAAUCGCUUGAUCAGAGUGACCAAUUCGAGGAGGAGUCUGAAAAUACUGCUGAAUCUACAGGCCAUGCAUUUUCAACGGAUCAACCUGCCUGUGACAUCACCAAUGCCGUAGAUAAUGAACUUUAUGAAAUUGAAACUGUAGAUCUUUCACAGCUCUCUCUUUCGGGAGAAACAAGGCACGAACAAUCCAAUGAAACUCAAAGUCCCUGGUCCAGAGACGACCAUCAAUAUUACAAACCUCCAAAAUAUGCCAAGUCCUAUCAAGAGUUGGCAAAAUUUUCAACACACAUCAUUGGCACAAAUGUCAAUACCGCAGGUUCUUCAAACAGUGCAGAAACAACAAAACCUAAAGAGGAGGCAGACACAAUUUCCAUGUUGUCGGCCUUAACAAUUUCUUCAGAAGAGGAAGAUGAAAACAUGAGUGACAUUCCUGAUCUCUUGUCAACGAAUGUGUCUUCGACAGAGUCACCAGGAAGACAACAACUAAACGACGUCGAGAACAAUCCUGUGCCAACCAUUUCAACAGUUGUGAGUGCCGAAAAUGCUGAACAAUCAUCAAAAACAUCGAUCUCUUCGCCAAACAACUCACCACAGACAUCGAGUGCCUCUGCAAAUACCUCAUCCAGUCUCAACAAGUAUCAAGCUAUUGGAAUUACAUUUUUUAUGUUCAGCCUUACUGCAGUUUUAGCAGCUACUUUGUUGAACAUGUAUCAAAUUUCUAACUAUACUUAG